AUCGGCGAUAAGUCGGAGUAAACUGUAGCGUUUAGUUUGGGUUGGAAUUCUUGAAGAUGCGUUUCAAAGGUUUCUUGUUCUGCAUAUUGCUGUUCUAUGAAACAGAAUCGGCCAUCCGUCGGUAUCGGUCCGUUUGUCCGGAUUACUGCGAAUGCGAUGUGUUCGAGAAGUACCAGCGAGCUGUAUGUCAGAGCAAAAAGCUGGUAUCUGCCGAAGUCGGGGUGCCCCCGCAGGUGGAGAUCCUGGAUCUGUCUUUCAACCAGAUCUACGAGUUGGGGAAUAGAGUUUUUUAUGAUAACGGCCUGACGGAUUUGAAGCUGUUGAAUUUGUCGAACAACAAGAUCAGCCAGAUACACAUGUUCGCUUUCCGAGGAGCGGAGAAACUGAAAUCGCUGGAUUUGUCGUACAACAUCAUCGAGUAUUUUUUGGAGCAAUGGUAUCCGCAUUGGGCGAAUUUGGAAGAGCUGUACUUGCAAGGGAACAAUUUGGUGUUGAUCAACAAACAACCUGUAUUGAAUAUACCAACGUUGAAUAUUCUCGAUUUAAGUCGAAGCAAAAUCGAGCACUUCGAUUCUAAUUUGUUCACGAAACUUCCACAGCUGGAAGUACUCGAUAUAUCCCACAAUUACAUGCAAAGUUUAAACUCUGAAGUGAUUUUACCAAUCGAAAAUCUAUAUGUAUUGAUAGCUAAUGGAAAUCAUCUAGAAUGCAGGGACAAAUCCAUGUCGCUACUAAGAAAGCUGAUUAAGAAAAGGAAUAUUUUAUACUAUGGACCUUGCAUGAAAACUCAUAAGAGACUUACGAGUACUACAAUAAAACCAACUGAUGGUACAAUUAUUGAAGAAACGUCUAAUAGUGUGGAGUUACAUAAAGAAGCGAAAGUAUUAGAAGUAACUGGAGAAUUGAAUAAAACUCUAAUGGAUGCUGAAAAUCUGGAUAAACCUUUAGUCGUAGUAGAACUAGCCGAAAAGCAGGAAAAUGAUGGUAAGGAAAUCGAAGUUCUCGACGAAACAUCCACCGUUUUUCCAGUGCAAUUCGAAAAAAUGAUGAUGGAAACCAUGAAACCUGUUGAAACAUUACCAAAAAGCGAGGAAAUUUCACCAAACGAGGCGAAAGCUAAAGCCCUAGACAAAUUACUGAAAGAUUUGGAGAGGUUAAUAGAAAAUCAAUCAACUAAAAAACCAGAAGUACAGAAAAUUGCGAAAUCUUUUAUCCAUUUUCCGAAAAAUUCAUGGCUAACAGAAGAUAAAGACGACAGCGUUGAUUACGACGACGAAUCUACAGAAAACAUUUUCGAAAGCGGCAAAAAUUGCACCAUAAUCGGAUUAUACCCCAACGAAAUCGACAAAUGGAUCAUGAAAAUCAUGGACGUGUCCCCGAUACUAAUGGCAAUUUCCAUUCUAGUCGCCGGCAUUUUACUUGGAUUGAUUAUCGGCUGUUCCACCAACAUCAAGCAACUAUCGAAGAAACUCCCCAAGGAGCUGCCGAAGGAGUUUGACAAAGGCAACAAAAUCUUGGACUGGUUCAAGAAGAAAAAGGAUAACCCGUCGCAGCAAGGACGACCCGUCAAUAAGAACAAAGAAGAUCCUGUGAAGAAUUUCGACGAGGAGAUGGGGCAGAGAGAAGUGGAUGAUGAUUUCUCGGAUAAUGAUGAAGGAAAUAGUAGAGGGAAGAAGAAGAUAGGUAGUGGUAAAAUUACGAUGAGGAGUCCGAGAUCCAGGAGUCCCAUCGAGGACCAGUCUGUGCUUUUAGAUAACGAAUUCCAGGACGAAUCCACCCCGGUUUUGGGGAAGAAGAAGGGAUUCUCCGAAAAUGACGAUUAAGGGUUCAUUUGAGGUUUUUUUACUGUUAAAUUUGUACUGAUAAUUUCUGACAAUUAAUUCUAAUUAUGUUUGUUUGCGUAAACUAUUGUAAAAUUUAAAUCUAAUCUGUGUACGAAGGUGCCGAUUGAUUUGUUUGUUCUUAUCGAAUAUUUUUAUCAAUCUAUUUUAAAACUUAUCGAUAAGCG